AUUAAUCAAAUGGAAUAUAAUCAAAAUAACUAAUAUGGAUAAGUCUCUGCUUAAUAAGGAGGAUACCCCUAUUUUUAACCUUAAGCAUAGCAGAACUAAUAUGCAUAACCAUAGCCAUAUCCUGCUUACCAAUAACCAGCUCCAUAUUUAGAUCCGAACAUUCCAGUUGGAUAACCAGUCGGUUAACCCUAAUAUGGAAACUAUCCUUAACAACCUGUAUAGUAAUAAGUUAUAUUAAUUUCUAAAAGUUAAUCUGGCUUGGUACCGAAUGGACCGAUUUAUACUGCAGCACCUGUUUUGCGAAGUGCAGAAGGAAUGAGAUUUCCUGUUUAAAUUNAAAGAAAGAAUAAAAUGGAUUGA